AUGAUGUUUAGAAAGAAAUCCUUGCCGUUGGUUCAGUAUAGCCAACGCUCCGCAACUUUUCAAUCAGCCAUGAAACUGUCUAUUGCAAUUGGGCAAUUUUUUGGACUCAAUCCGGUUAUUGGUGUUUUCAAUAUCGAUGCAUCUAAAAUGCGGUUUACAUUUUAUUCAGCACGGUGUAUAUACACAGUAUUAUCGAUUUUGGGGCAAGGCACAAUGUUAUGUUUUUGCAUAUUAAAAUAUAUAAAGGACACUGAUACAUCACUCUCGUCCAACACUUCUCUAGUAUUCUACAGUUCUAAUUUUAUUACAAUGGUACUAUUUCUUCGGAUGGCUAUGACAUGGCCGCGACUUUGCUUACAAAUAUCUAUGACGGAAGCUUUAAGUCCUAACUUCGAUACUACACUAGUUAAGAAAUGUAAUGUGACCUGCGUACUCGUCCUUACUUUAGCCCUUGUUGAACACAUUUUAUCAGAUCUAUCGGGAUUUGCGGCAGUGAUUGGUUGUCAACCACAUAAAAAUGCUUACGAAGCUUUCAUAACUCAUAACUUUCCUUGGGUUUUCGUGUAUUUGCCCUAUAACCAUGUUAUUGGAUUUCUAUUACAGCUUGUCAUAAUACAGUCCACAUUCACUUGGAAUUUUGUGGAUUUAUUUAUUAUCUGCAUUAGCUUUUACUUGAUCUCAAGACUAGAACAAGUCAACCUAAAAAUUGUUGCAGCUCGCGGUAAAACUAUGUCGCCGUACUUUUGGCGCACGGUCCGCGAAGAUUACUGUAGAGCUGCGUCUCUUGUGAGGCGUAUUGACGAUGUUAUUGGAGCUAUAAUAUUUAUCUCUUUCGCAAACAAUCUCUUUUUUAUCUGCCUCCAACUAUAUAAUACGUUAAAGUAA